AUGGAGGACAAGGAUGGUGAAAAGACUCCGCAAAUUCUCUGCAAAGAACCGAGUAUUCCCUCCCCGACGGAAUCCUCACAGGCCUUCGAUCUGGAGCGCGAAUACAACGACCCCAAGUUACCUCCAGUAGAUGGAGGGCUUCAUGCAUGGCUUUUCCUGGCAGCAUGUUUCAUGGUGGAAGGGACUGUAUGGGGAUUCGCGGCUUGUUUCGGUGUAUUUCAGAACUACUAUCGAAAUGACCCGGCAUUCCAAGGAUCCCAUGCUAUCGCCGCAAUAGGGACCUGUGCAAUGGGCAUGGCGUAUCUGCUGUCACCCAUCGUGAUGGCCAUCUUGAUAGCCCUCCCAAGACUGCAACGAUGGGCGUCCACAAUAGCCUUCGUGGUAAUAUCACUUUCCCUCGCACUGAGCUCCUUCUCGAAAAACGUCACGCACCUGAUUUUAUCCCAAGGGAUUGCAUACGGCACAGCAGGCUGCUUCGCCUACGCGCCAUCAAUCCUGUUCAUGCCAGACUGGUUCGUGAAGAAGAAAAGUCUCGCCUUCGGCAUAGUCUGGAGCGGCUCAGGCCUAACCGGGAUAAUCUUCCCCUUGAUCCUCCAAUCCCUCCUCGACAACUACGGCUGGCAAACCACCCUCCGGAUCUGCUCCGUAGCUAUAUUCACCCUCGCCGCCCCCUUCAUGCUCUUCCACAAACCCCGAAUCCCCCGCCGAACUAUCAACUUUGCCCAACUUGACCUCAGCUUCCACCGCAACCGCACCUACCUAAUCUACCAAGCCGGCAACAUAAUUCAAUCCGUCGGCUUCUUCCUCCCCCAAAUCUUCCUACCCUCAUACGCUGAACUCCUUGGCGCAAAAGGCCUCCAAGCCUCCUCCACCAUAACCGUCUUCAACAUCUCCAACAUGUUCGGCUGCAUCUUCAUCGGCUACCUAGCCGACAGGUGCCACGUCACAAAAUGCAUCCUAAUCUCCACAAUCGGCGCAGUACUCUCUACAUUCCUGCUGUGGGGGCUAAGCGUCCACCUCGCCCCACUGUAUCUCUUCAGUGUCCUGUACGGCUGCACAGGGGGUAGUUUCUCCUCGUCUUGGUCCGCUACUUCGAACGAGGUGCGGAAGAGCCACCCGUCUGCGGACGUGAGCAUGGUGUUCGCGUUUAUGGAGACUGGGCGCGGAAUCGGGAAUGUAGUUAGUGGGCCGUUGAGCGAGUCGUUGUUAAAAUUGGGGUUGUGGGAGGGGACGGCGUUCGGGGCGUAUGGGACUAGUUAUGGGGUUUUGGUGGUGCUUACUGGGGUUACGACGUUGAUGGGUGGGGUUUCGGUUGUGGCAAGGACUUUUAGGUGGAUUUAA